AUGGCUGCAGACAAGCAAGAAGUCCUGCCUAAAGUGGUUGCCUUUGAUCUAGAUGCUACCUUGUGGUACCCAGAGAUGUAUCAGCUAUGGGGAGGAGGAUCUCCUUUCAAGAAGAACAACGACAAGACUCUGACCGAUCGAUCCGGAACACGAUGCUAUCUGAUGGGCAACACUGCAGAGAUCCUCCGAGAGAUCAAAACAAGCCCGAGGUGGAAGGGAGCCAAGAUAGCCUACUGCUCGUGCACUGACGAGCCCACAUGGGCGGACGAAUGCAUGAGGCUCUUUGAGAUUGGAGAUGGAAUGACCCUCGAAUCCGUCGUCGACAUCAAGGAAAUCUUCAAAUCCUCCAAGUCGACGCAUUUCCGGAACAUUCACAAGAAGACAGGGAUCCCCUACGAAGACAUGAUCUUCUUUGAUAACGAGGCCCAUAAUUGCCACACCGUAGCGCCCUUGGGAGUCACUUGCAUCCAUACUCCGAGAGGAAUGACCGAAGAAGUUUGGAAGAACGGACUUCGUCAAUUCGCUAAGAAUAGGGGCAAGAAGUAG